GGUCGGCACGAUGAAGACCCUCUUCAUCUCGUUUGCUUUGUGCGCCAUUGCGGCCGCCGCACCUCGCGAACGACGAGAAGCUGUCUAUGGCGGUCAUGGACUUUAUGGUGGGCAUGGAGCUUACGGUGCGCACGGAGGUUACGGUGCGCAUGGAGCUUAUGGAGCUUACGGAGGCGUAGGCGGAGGCUACGGCGGUGGACACGGGGUGGCCCUCGCUGGUCCAGUGUUGGGACCGACGAGCGUUGCGGGUCCGCAUGUGGGUGCUUCUACUGUUUCCGGUCCAUCGAUAGGUCCGUCCCGUUUGGCCGGAUCCGUCGCCGGACCUGCUCACGUUUCGGGUGCUGUUGCUGGCCCAGCUGUCGUGACUGCGUCGGUCGCCGGUCCAGCGCAUGUUGAAGGCGGCCCAUACGACGGUGGCUACGGAGGUGGCGAUUAUGGCGGGCACUAUGGAGGGGACUACGGAGGAGGCUACGGAGGAGGCUACGGAGGAGGCUACGGAGGAGGCUACGGAGGAGGCUACGGAGGUUAUGCCGGUCCAAGCUUCGGUUACGCCGGUGGUCACGGAGGACACGGAGGGCACGGAGUAGUUGUAGCCGGGCCAGCUACCCACGGAGCGGUUCUGGCCGGACCUCACGCCGGAAGCGCGGCUGUUUCUGGACCGCACGCCGGUUCAGUCGUGAUUGCUGGUCCUUCCGGAAAGAUCACGGCUCACGGAAGCGGUUACGGUGCUGCCGUCCACGCCGGAUUCGGCCACGGUCACGGCCACUGGUAACGCGCGUAUGAUCGUCUGUGAAAAGCGAAAAGAAAGGUCAUUAAAUCACUAAAAGGAUACCGCUCCCCUUCGGCGCGUUUCUUCCUUUUUUUUUCUUUCCUUUUAGACAGAUAAUGUAAAGGUAGAGACGUGAAGUUACCGUAUGCCUCCCUCGCACGACGACGCUCGUCACACUUGAUACUCUCGUUUCGCGCGCGUGAAUACUUAUGCAUGUUCUCUGUACAAAUGGAAUAAAUUUCUUCGAGCGGAGCUAUGUACGCAAUGUAAAAUGCUCGGGAGUAACAUAUCACACGUUUCACUUGGCAUAUCACGGCCGAUUUUGAUCUUUCGUGUACAUCGAAUUCGCGCACAUCUUGCGUCGUGAGUGUGUGCUAUAUUGUAUUCUUGUGCGCUCUAGAGGGCAAAUUGUCCACGAGUUUUGAAAGCGCAUUCGUUCGAGUCCGCGAGUAUGCACCACCGCGGGAGAGGAUUGCCUCUCGAUUAACUCUUCCGAAAUUCUCCUGCGCAACGUCGUGUCGAAUCCUUUUCUGCGCACUGAAUUGUGAAUCAAUUACGCGAAUUGCGAUAGCAACGGCUAAUUACCCGCUAGCACUAACCCGACGAUUAUCGGCGCGGUCUCGAAUUAUCCAUGAUGAAAGCAACGAUUACAAAGGUAACAGCGGCGCGAUCGUGUCGGGUGGAGUAAAAUUCUGAAUAAUUGUUUGCCGCUUAAGCGAAUCAUUGCCGCUCGAGUUUCUCGGCGCGGAAAGUAUGCGGCACGAAAUUGCAAGCUAACUUCGCGCACGGAGAAUUCGUGCUCGUACUUUCGUAGGGCCGAAAUAUAGUUAGUAAGUUAUGCUAUGAAAGAAGAUAAGAUCAUGCAUACGCUUUAAUAUUCAUCUUGAGCUCCGCAUUCUGACGCUCGUUGCACCGAUCCAACUUUAUUUUAUUUGAAUCUUAACACAAUAAACAUAUAUCUGACACCAAUCGCUGUUACGUGUAGAAAUCCUCUCUUCGCCGAUCUCUUUGCUCGUGAUUAAUUCUUUCCCGACCAAUUAUUCGUUUAGUCAUCGUGCGAAAUCCGAAACUCGCUCGUCUCAUCGCGCCUCGU